AUGGAACGAAUUUUCAACGCCAAGAGAUGUCCGGAUGAGAACCGCUUGGCGUAUUCAGAGUACUUGCUAACUGAUGAAGCGAGCCACUGGUGGGCGAGCGCGAGAGCCAUUCUAACGGACGCUCAACAACCAAUCAAUUGGGAAGUGUUCAGAAACAAAUUUUAUGAGGAAUACUUCCCUGACAGCGUUUGUUUUGCCAAGGAGGUAGAGUUUUUGCAACUCGUUCAAGGUGGUAUGUCUGUUUCAGAGUACACCAACAAGUUUAAACACCUUGUCAGAUUCAAUACAAUGGCCACUAGUGAGGAGUGGCAGUGCAGGAAAUUCGAGAACGGUUUGCGCGGUGAUCUGAAGGUUGUGAUUUCCAGCUUGUGUAUCCGAACGUUCCCUGCUAUGGUUGAAAGAGCUAAGGUGUUAGAGAAGAACUUGGCAGAGGCGGAAAGGCACAAGAAACAGCAAACAGUAAGGGGGCCGAUCGUCUCAAGGGGAAAUGUGAAUCAGAGAGGCUCCCCUUACGCUCGUCCAACAACCAACACGAGUGGAUCUCAAGCUUUGGUUCCUGCCGGACAGUCUGGGCAGCAAAGUAACGUUAUAUGUUACCAGUGUGGAGGACCCCAUUAUCGUUCGUCAUGCCCUCAACUAGUGGGAGGAAAAUAUUGCACUCAAUGUAGAAGAAAUGGACAUCUGGAGAACGAGUGCAACAUGGGCGGACGCGCUGUGAUGAGACCGCCGAACGCUGGAAGGAACCAGCAAGGUAGAGGUGGUCGAGCUCAAGCUGUUGGGCGUGUAUAUGCAAUUACUGGGGCGGAAGCAGCGAGUUCAGCUGCGGGUGAAGUUAGGACGUCUACCAUGUGUGUUAGAUGUCCUAUUGAGGUAGAAGGACGUAGGUACAAGGUGAAUCUCAUCUGUUUGCCUCUCAAAGACUUAGAAGUAAUUCUGGGAAUGGAUUGGCUAAAUACCAAUCGCGUUCUCAUAGAUUGUGGAGCUAAGAGGUUAAUUUUUCCUGAAGAAGAUGAAGAGGAGUUGGGUGUGACGCUCGGUAAAUUGAAAGAAGACAUUAUGGAGGGCGCGACUUGUUUCUUGAUCAUGACGCAUGAAGACAGAGAGAGUGCGGAUGAGAAUUUUGAGCGUUCGUCCAAUAAGUGCACUGAAGGACGAAUGGUUGUGGACGAAUUCCAGGAUGUCUUUCCAGAAGAGAUCCCUGGACUACCUCCUGUGCGUGAGGUUGAAUUCACCAUUGAUUUGGUGACCACGGCAGCCCCUAUAUCUGUUCAACCAUACCGUAUGGCGCCUGCAGAGUUGGUUGAACUCAAGAAGCAGAUUGAAGAACUUAUGGAUAAACAAUUCAUCAGACCGAGUUGUAUAGACUACAGGCAAUUGAACAAGCUGACCAUCAAGAACAAAGACCCGUUGCCAAGGAUUGAUGACUUGUUGGAUCAACUGCAUGGGGCAACGGUGUUCUCUAAGAUUGAUUUGCGUUCGGGAUAUCACCAAAUCAGGGUGAAGGAGGACGACAUCCAGAAGACUGCUUUCAGGUCGCGUUAUGGACACUACGAGUAUGUAGUGAUGCCAUUUGGAGUAACGAACACUCCUGCAGUGUUCAUGGAUUAUAUGAACCGCAUCUUCUGGCCAUACCUGGACAAGUUUGUGGUCGUUUUUAUAGAUGAUAUUCUCAUCUACUCUAAGACGCAAGCUGAACAUGAAGAACACUUGAGGGCAGUGCUGAGCGUGUUGAGGGAAAAGGAGUUGUAUGCCAAACUGUCCAAGUGUGAAUUCUGGAUGAAGGAGGUGCAAUUUCUGGGCCAUAUUGUGUCCGUUGGAGGGAUCUCGGUAGAUCCAGCAAAGGUACGUGCGGUUAUGGAAUGGGAACGUCCGCGUUCGGUCACGGAGGUGAGAAGCUUCGUUGGUCUUGCGGGCUACUAUAGGCGUUUCAUUGAAGGGUUUUCUAAGAUAGUAGCACCACUGACUCAGCUCACCAGGAAAGAUCAACCGUUCGCGUGGACUGACUUGUGUGAGGAACGUUUCCAGGAGCUGAAAGUCAAACUGACGAGCGCUCCAGUUUUAAUCAUUCCAGACACGUCCAAGCCCUUUGAAGUGUACUGCGACGCGUCUCAUCAAGGGUUGGGCUGUGUGCUCAUGCAAGAGAGAUGA